ACAUGCGCCGCUUAACGAAUCAUCACAUAAUAUCGCAAUCAUGCAGCAGAUACACAACUACACUCAUAAUUUAGUGCAAUCUGUAUGUCUGUCUUAUCCGUAGAGAUGCCAUGCCAUGCGUAUGACUGUGGAAAUGUGCGCUCUUCUGCUGUUAUGCACCUGAAGUCUUCACGCGAGACUUGCAGAACUGUGUUGGAGUUAUGAGUGAAUGAUGGGUCAAAAUGCAAGCUACACUCAAUACGGGUCAUGGAAAAUCUAGAAAACUCGUCAGAUUCCAAGGAGACCGUGUCUCCACUAAACUAUUCAGGGUUUAAACUGAACAGCACCAUCUCUCAUCGUGAUGGUAAAAAUAUGGGGUUUGUGCUGGUCCAUGCAGGGGCAGGGUAUCAUUCAGAAUCCAAAGCCAAGGAAUACAAACAUGUGUGCAAGAGAGCUUGCCAGAAAGCUGUGGACAGGCUCAGAGCGGGAGGAUUGGCACUGGAGGCAGUGACGGCAGCUCUUGUAGAGCUGGAGGACUCCCCGUUCACCAAUGCAGGCACUGGUUCCAACCUGAACCUCUCGGGUGAGGUUGAGUGUGAUGCCAGCAUUAUGGAUGGCAAAUCCUUAAACUAUGGAGCCGUUGGAGCCUUGAGUGGAAUCAAGAACCCGGUGCUGGUAGCCAGAACACUAUUAAGUGAAACUCAGAAGGGGAAGCUAUCAGCUGGCAGGAUUCCUCCAUGUUUUUUAGUGGGCAAAGGAGCAGAGCAGUGGGCCAUCAGCCAUGGUAUCCCAGCAUGCCCUACAGAGAAGAUGACCACCAAGUUCAGUUUGUCAGGAUACAAGAGGAACAAGAGGAAGAUGGAGCUGGCGGAGCAGGUUGAGACUAAGAGGAGAAGACAAUCGUGUGGACAUGAGAAUGACUUUGGCUGCUUGGAGCCGGUGGAAGGUGAAGAGAAUAACUCGGCCUGUCUUGAUACGGUUGGUGCGGUCGUUGUGGACUGGGAAGGGAAUGUGGCAGCUGCGGUUUCCAGCGGAGGUCUGGCCAUGAAACACCCAGGUCGAGUGGGACAGGCUGCUCACUAUGGAUGUGGCUGCUGGGCUGAAAACGCCCGCAACGUCAGCCUUUACUCUACAGCUGUGAGUACUUCAGGCUCUGGAGAGCAUCUGAUUCGCACCAUGUUGGCCAGAGAGUGUUCAACUGCCAUGCAGGCUGAAAACGCACACCAGGCCCUUCUGGAGGCUAUGCAAAACAAAUUCAUCAGUUCGCCGUUUCUGGCUGGCGAGGACUGUGUUCUGGGUGGGGUGAUUGUUCUGAGGUGCUGCACAUGUGGAGAAGCCCAGCGCUCUGAAGACAUCCAGGCUCUGCUGGUGGAGUUUCUAUGGAGCCACACCACAGAGAGCAUGUGUGUGGGAUACAUGUCUGCUCAGGACAGUAAGGCCAGGACGCACAUAUCCAGACUUCCUCCUGGAGCAGUGGCCGGACAGUCUCUGGCGAUCGAAGGUGGAGUGUGUCGACUCGGGACCCCAAGUGACUGAAUCGGCCUGAAAUCAUCCUCUAUUUCUGCAGCAAUAUGUCAGCGUCGAGAUCUUCACUUCGCAAGAGCUUGGCGUUGUGUCAUUUGUAGGACACAAUCAUAAAGGGACAAAAAGGUUGCAAUAUGUCUUUUCUUCCAUCUUUUUUCUUUCUUGCACAGAUAUAAACGGUUAUUUCCGAUAUGUUAUUUAUUCAAUUCUUUUAUACAACCUACCAUACUAUUUUGGCGCUGCGUUCACGGGCACAGCGUAUACAGUGUCAUCUGUUUUACUGUCACUUGAGACAGGGUUAGCAGGGUAAUUUGCUUAAAGCGUCUGCUAUGAAAAGAGGACAUGCCAAGUGCACUUCAGGACUAGUGCGCUGCUCUGGUUUUAGUGGGCUUCCAAGAAACUCAGCUUCUAGUAUGUGCUGGAUAAGACUUGAUGCUCCAUUUUAGUGUUGUCAUGAUACUAGAAUUCGGUACCAGUCGAUACUGAAAUUUUAAAAACGUCCAAUUCCCGCGAACAUUUGAGCGCUGUGGAGCUUGUUCUUAAACAGCAAUGAUUUGCCAUUGUGUUCACGUGCUCAACAGAAAUGACUGUGAUUGGCUGUGAAAGUCAUCAGUUCACCGAACUCACUGCUGUUUACUAAGUGUAACAACAGAGGGACACUGGAGCAUUUUAAAGCUGCAAUUCAUCAGCGGAUCGCUCGUAUGUCAGCUUAUAGACAAACCAGCUGAUUGACAUAACUUUGAAACGCUCCAGUGUCCCUGUAUCUGUUGUUACGCUCAGUAAACAGCAGUGAGCUGUGAACCGAUGACCUU